CGGGAGGGGGCCCGCAGCGCUCGCGAGGCGCCCCGGCGGGUCGGGGCCAAGGUCCGGGAGCCCGCCGGCCUGCGGCUCCCCGUGGGCUCCGCUCUCCGACCUCGGCUCCGGGCAGGCGGCUGAGGCCGCAGCGAGCCUUCCCGGCCCCGGCGCGGCCAGGAGCGGCCGGGGAAGGUCGCGCAGCCCCCACGCACAAGUUGGCGCCGGAAGAGCGGAGGGCCUCCGGCUUUCUCGGCUCCGCGCGCGCGGCCGGGCAGCCCUUCCUGGGCCUCCGCUGGGCCUCUCCGGACGCUGGGCCCCCGCCGGCGGAGCCGCGACCUCGGGGCGUGCUCGCCGCGGCGCCGGCCUCGCAGGGAGGGCCCCGCGCACCUCUCUGGAGGCGAAACUCGAGGCUUCCGAACCAGGGUGGGGUGCGGGCCACUUCCGCGCGGACGUCUGGGCUUGCGAGGAGGGACCGUGACUUCUGCCUCUCCGCCGGGCCUGGCCGGCCGCGCGCGGGGUCUCUCACCAAGGGCUGCCGCCCCCUGCGCUCCGUCGGGCAGCGUGGAGCUUGCGCCCACCGGCACCCUCGAGCGUCCCUCUUCCUUCCACCGGAGCGUAGGUGCCCCCGCAGUCUACCGUGGGGCGCCCCCCACUCCCCGGUACUGUGCUCUGAGACCUGCCCCCAGGCCCCGAGAUUUUGUGGAAGUAUAAUACUUUGUCAUUAUGAGAUGUCGUCUCUCGGUACCUCCUUUGUGCAAAUUAAAUUUGAUGACUUGCAGUUUUUUGAAAACUGCGGUGGAGGAAGUUUUGGGAGUGUUUAUCGAGCCAAAUGGAUAUCACAGGACAAGGAGGUGGCUGUAAAGAAACUACUCAAAAUAGAAAAAGAGGCAGAAAUACUCAGUGUCCUCAGUCACAGAAACAUCAUCCAGUUUUAUGGAGUUAUUCUUGAACCUCCCAACUAUGGUAUCGUCACAGAAUAUGCCUCUCUGGGAUCACUCUAUGAUUACAUUAAUAGCAACAGAAGUGAAGAGAUGGACAUGGAUCACAUUAUGACCUGGGCCACUGAUGUAGCUAAAGGAAUGCACUAUUUACAUAUGGAGGCUCCUGUCAAGGUGAUUCACAGAGAUCUCAAGUCAAGAAAUGUUGUCAUAGCUGCUGAUGGGGUAUUGAAGAUCUGUGAUUUUGGUGCCUCUCGUUUCCAUAAUCACACAACACACAUGUCUCUGGUCGGAACUUUCCCAUGGAUGGCUCCGGAAGUCAUCCAGAGUCUCCCUGUGUCUGAGACUUGUGACACAUACUCCUAUGGUGUGGUUCUCUGGGAGAUGCUAACAAGGGAGGUCCCCUUUAAAGGUUUGGAAGGAUUACAAGUAGCUUGGCUUGUAGUGGAAAAAAACGAGAGAUUAACCAUUCCCAGCAGUUGCCCCAGAAGUUUUGCUGAACUGUUACAUCAGUGUUGGGAAGCUGACGCCAAGAAACGGCCAUCUUUCAAGCAGAUCAUUUCAAUUCUGGAGUCCAUGUCAAAUGACACUAACCUUCCUGACCAAUGUAACUCGUUCCUGCACCACAAGGCAGAGUGGCGGUGUGAAAUUGAAGCAACUCUUGAGAGGCUGAAGAAACUAGAACGGGAUCUCAGCUUUAAAGAGCAGGAGCUCAAAGAACGAGAAAGACGUCUGAAGAUGUGGGAGCAAAAGUUGACAGAGCAGUCCAACAUCCCACUUCUCUUGCCUCUUGCUGCAAGAAUGUCUGAGGAGUCUUACUUUGAAUCUAAGACAGAGGAGUCAAACAGUGCAGAGAUGUCAUGUCAGAUCACAGCAGCAAGUAACGGGGAGGGCCAUGGCAUGAACCAAAGUCUGCAGGCCAUGAUGCUGAUGGGCUUUGGGGAUAUCUUCUCAAUGAACAAAGCAGGAGCUGUGCUGCAUACUGGGAUGCAGAUAAACAUGCAAGCCAAGCAGAAUUCUUCCAAAACCACCUCUAAGAGAAGGGGGAAGAAGGUCAACAUGGCCCUGGGGUUCAGUGAUUUUGACUUGUCAGAAGGUGACGAUGAUGAUGACGGUGAGGAGGAGGAUAAUGACGUGGAUAAUAGUGAAUGAAAGCAGAAAGCCAAGUAAUAAAAUUGAAAAUCUUCAGAAAAACAAAAGAAACUUGUUAUCUCAGUCUGUACAAAAACUAGUAGAGAAAUAGAAAACCAAGCACUGCAUUUUGAGGUCACUCGCACUUACAUGGCAGUCAUUUCUUUAUCAAGUAUACUUUCGAUCUGGUCUUGCUUACAGAAAAGUGGGGGAAAUAUUAAGCCAAAAAUAUAUAUUUAAUGAAUCAGCAAAUGUGGUGCCUGAUUAUAGAAAUCUGUGAUUCUAUAUAUAAUAUCGUAUUUUUUAACUAAUGACAUUCUGGCUUUUUUUUUUUUUUAAGGAAUAUAGUUUAUAUGUGAUUUGAUUUGAUUUCACUUAUUCAAUUGCUUAAGAAAACUUAACAUUUUGAACAAGUAUUCUUGACUUCUAAUUCUUUAACAUUUGAUUUUCUUGCAGCACACGACAUACUUUUUCUUAUGGCAAUACACUAUACUGUCAGAAAUAAUUGAUAGUGACUGCAAAAUCAAGUAAUAAAACCACUGACAUGAAAGGAGAUAACAGAUACUUCUUCAGAAAUAACUAAAUGCCAAGAAUUUUCAGUACUUAAUAGCACAACUACUCAAAGUAAAACAUGAGAGAUGUGCUCAAUAGUGCAUUUGAAGGAGAAACACUCUCAUUUGAAACCAACAGAAGUUGCAGCUUUUCAUACCUGAAAGAUGCUUAACAACAACAUACUGUCAUCUAAAGCUUCACUUAUACUUCAUUCAGAGAGAAAGAUAGAAUCUUAAGAGGGUACUUCCAGGCAGUGUGAGUGUUAACGCCAGCCCGCUCAGCCCUCCCACUAAGUGUAUGUGUGUGUGUUUGUGGUCCGGGAGAGCACAAUAAUCCUGUUCUAAAUAUAUGUAUUGGCAUUUUGAAGAGGGAACUCAAUUUUAGAAAAGGAAUAGCAGAGAUAAUAAGUUAUCCUCACUUAGGCAGAAGUAAAGGAUGAAGGGUCCUUUUUCUAUCAAAUCCAGCCUUCCAGAGUUGUCUUUUUUUUAACCCUGAUUCAGCUAUGCUGGUGGGAAAAAGAAGAAAGUAAAAGUGCUGCUCUGAAAACCUAGCUAGCCAGAGAUAUAUUCUCUGAACGUUAUCACAUAUCUGUCAUGCUCAUUUAAACUAUAAAACACUGUUUAAAAAAAAAUUUUUUUGCAGUUACAGUUUUAUACACACAUACAUAGAAAAGCAAAAGAGCAAAGACUAUUUUUCAGCCUAAAUUAGAAACCAGUGCCAUUUAUUUGACUAUUAAAUUAUUUUCAGUGGUUCUUGUUAUGGAAGAUUUAAGAGAAGAUAUCAUAGAUAUUAUCUAAUACUAUUUCCCAGUAUAUUCAAUCAUAAGAAGUCUCUUAGAAUUUGAAGCAUAACAUGCUUCUAAUCUCCAUUAAGAGCUGGAAAAUACCACAAAAUGAGCAGAAAGCUGUGCCAGCAUUAUUUGGAGAAAAAUAACAAAAUGUUCUGAGUGUGAAAUAUAGAAAAGUCUAUGUACAUAGUGAUAAUUCAAAACUGCUGUGCAAUCUUGGGCAAAUUACUUAGCCUCUGUGUGUCUGUUUGUUCAUUUUUAAUGUGGGAAUGAUAAUCUUACUCAAAGGAUUAUUAUGAGGAUUCAGUGACAUCUACCUAUGCAGCACUUAACACAGCACCAGGUCCAUGGCAAGUGGUCAGGUCAUGUCAUGUAACAUUAAUUAUGCCAGUGAAAGGAUACUGUAAAAUAAGUGGCUCCAGUCACCUUCUGGAAAACUGAGCUGUCAAUUUCAAGUGAUAGAUACUGAGUAGUAUGAAAUGAAAGUUAAAGUAAAUAGCUUUCAAGAAAGAUAAAGAGCACAUUCUUAGAAUACAAAGUAUUUAACUAGACAGAUUUAACCUGCUAUUCUUUGAAGACCAUGCAUCAGUGCCUAGGUUUGUCUAGUCUGAGGUAUUUGCAGGCCUGGCUAUCACACGCAAACUAAGGAAACACAGAAGGAAUAGGUCAGACCUUCCCUAGAAGUGGGGUUCCCCACAUACCCAAUCUGACAGACUUCCUAUGUCAAUGCAGACAUAAACAGAUACAUGCACACCACAAUACAGGGCUGGUGACAAACAGAUUCAGACAUAAAUAGGCAUCCUGUCUGUGCUCAGACAUGGAGAAGUACUUACUCCCCGAUUCAAGGCACAUGGGGGUGUCUUGUGGAUUUUGAAGUGUGGUUAGGAAAGACCUAACCAAUAAGAGAAUCUCUGUGAGCUGAUUUUGGGAUUUGUACACUUUAUGUAAGAAUAUAAACAUUGGCUCUUAUUUAAGAAUAAUCAGCAAUAAAUUUAGAACAUAUAAAAUGAAUGAAUCUGACAUUUUUCUUAAUUUACAUGUAAAUCUAUUAUGAUUAUACAUAAAGUUUUGGGGUAUUAAUAAAAGCAGCUAAGCAGGGCCAGAAGAAACUCAAUGCCCAGACCUAGGCUUACCAUUAUUAACUAGACAGUAUCACUCUAAACUCUACCACUGCUGUUUCCUCACCAGUAUUCCAGAAAUGGUCAUAGCUUAAUACGCCACCAUCAAGAAACAGCAGGGAUUUAGCAUACAGCAGAAUUGAUAACCUCAGUGAUAAACCUGAAAUUGUUCUCCUCCUAGAAUUGUACUAUAGGUAAUUACCAUAUGACAAUAACUAUUUUACUUUCUGUUCUAAAUCAGUGUCUCUCUAGGGUUUUGAACAUCCCUAAAAUCUGAAUCAUAUAAACAAAAUUUUAAAGUGGUCUUACUCUAUCUGUAAAGAUUAUUUAGAAGACUUUAAACUCUAUUAUUAGUUUUAUUACUUUAAAAAUGUUAAAUUUUUUUAUACAUAUGCAGAAUUUCUGAUGACAGUGUUAAUUGUGCAGCUUUUAAUCACUUUUCAGAUCAGUUUUUGAAAUGGCAAACUUAUUGGUGGUGGAUUUAUUUCCAAUUACCUGACUUAUAAAACUGUGUUUUUAUAAAGACAAGAGUUAAACACUGAGAAAUCCAACAAUUUAAAAUGAGAAUUGAAACUUUAAAUUGUCAUAAUAAUUGUCAGAGCUAUACAACUGAAAAUAUAGCUACUCUUUCAUCUUUUUUUCUUUAUUCAUAAAGUUGGUCAUGUGGAAUUUGCUGACACCCUACCACUGGUUCUCAACCUUGGCCGUCCAGUCACCUGAUAGUGUUUGGGAGCAGCGGGGCAGGUUUUUGGGUGCCACAGGAACUGAAGGUGUAAUACAUAGUGUCAAGACAGGGUGUGCCAAUGUCAAAAAUGGUAACAUCCUGCAUGCCAGGAACAGCCCCAUCCAAAAAAGAAUGCCAUCCACAAUAGCAAUAGUGUUGUCCCUCCCCCACUGAGAAACUUGCUAAACCUGGCAGUUUUAGUUAGAUUCCCACAUCAAGUUUUUUUUCCCCAAAUGAAAUUACCCAAGUCAAAAUAUACAUUUCCAGAUUACAACUACACCCAACCUGAACAUUAUGAAACUCUCCUGUUAUACUCAGUACACAAUAAACAAAAAAGAAAAACAUCUCUGAGGUAGCUAUACUUCUGUGAAGUAGCUGUGUUUAGUUUAAAAGGACUCUUUUCCUAACAGUCUUUUUUUUUUCAGCAAAAUCACAGUAAAAUUUUAAUAUUUUACAUAAAUAACCAAUGAGAAGAGGUUGAAGGCACAUCGUACACUUGGCUGGGAUGCCCUGGAAAUGUCGAGGACUGGUUUUUAGCCAGUGGUUUUUAACAUGCAAUAGACUCGUUAGACUUAACUCCAGCUGAGGUAUUCAAACUUCACCCCCAAGGAAGUGGGGGUGAGGGAAAGAUUUGGGAGAGCUCCAGAAUGACCUCUCAAGCACUAUAAUAUGUGUAACUUUCUUUCUCAGAGUUUUCAUUGGAGUGGUAAGACUUUCAUGAAAGAUAAUUUAAAACUUACUCUAGGUUAAAUACUGAUUUUUUUAUUUUUGAUACACUGGACUUGUUGGCAGUCUUUUCACACUUGCAGUCUUGCCAUGCCACGUUUAUGAUAGAGCACAAUUUCUAUGUGAUCAGGCACCUUUGCUGCUUUUGAGUGCGACCAUUUUCCUGUUUAGAUUGCCAGAGAGAAGAAUCUGUUCUGUUCCUUUGAGUAUAACAUAGCCUGAUAGCUCUGGACACAGCAUUUCCAUGAUGAAAACUGAGUGGCUACCAGGAAUUCUGAAGGACUAGCCAUGUUUCCUCAGGUUCCAACUUAGUUUGCACUCUCUUGCCUGUGCGGGGCUUUCCGGCAUUUGACUGUUUACUUCAAAACUAGAAUUUCAAGCAACUACAUUAAUUAUUUUAUAUCAUGUGCAGAAUAGUAUAUCUUUUAAUGGCAGAUACAGUGCACUGCACAGAUUGCUUUUGCACUCUCUUAAACAUUUUGUACUAAAUAAUAGAGAAUAUUUAUAUCCUUUGAGUGUGAGCUUUGACUAGAUGGCAUUAUCACUUUAUUGUUUUUUUAACAAAAGCUUUUUCUCAGUUAUUCUAUUGCAGUAUUAUUCUGAGCAAAUCUUAUACCAAAUAUGUUGUAUAAUGUUUGUAUGGAAGAUUAAAUUGUACUCUUGUGUGGUAAGACUACUCAGUUACUGACUUCACGGUUGGAGUUUGAUAUUCCAGCACAAAGUCCAUGAUGUAUUCAGAAAUCCAAGUUGGUAUCAUACAUUUCAUUUUGAUGUGAACUUUUCUUUGCUUUCCUUUGUUUUAAGACUCCAUUUUGCAAUAAACGUUUUGACAUUAA